CGGGACGGAGUCCGGGAGAAGCGGAGGAGGGGGACGCCGAGGCGAGGAGGAGCCACGCCGCGCCCAGCAUCGGGCUCCGCGCGGCGGGCUACCUCUGCUCUCCGUAUCGCCGCCCCAGGUCCUUUGCAGCCAGCAUGAUAUCAUAUUUAUAACACAUGGAGGAGAGGGAGCUCACUGUGUUCAGGAACUAACAAUUUGUAAAACCAGAAACCAAAGCGAAAUUAAAUGGUAUAAAUGACAUCAAAAAGGAAGGAAGCGGAGACAUUUAAGUGAGCCACUUCGAAGCAUCUGGCAUGUCAAAGCCACACAGUGUUCCAUGCGACUUCCUUUGUGAACAGCUUCCAUUUAAAAGACUUUUGUGAAGACAUUGUUUCAGUCAAAUCUCCAAAGAACACAUUUGUCUUCUGAUCUGCUGGAGGUCUUAAGUAAGGCUUCACUGAAGAAGAAGAAGAAGAAGAAGAAGAAGACAUUAAAGUGCUGUGCACCUGACUCCCAGCCUGUGUCUCCACUCAAGAAAGAGGUCACCAAGUAGAGACAGCCCAGCCUCCCAGCCCAGCAGAGAGAAGUGAGAGGAAAAGAUAAGGGCAAGGAGAGGAAGCUACUAGAGAAUGUGUUCUACAAAAAUGAGGAUGUAAACCAAGAAAGAGGAAACCAUGGGAUCCAGGAAACGGGGGAACCAACACAGGCGAGAGACACAGGGAUUUCGCAAGAUGGUGUUAAAAAGAAGCCCCAGGACAACAGAAUGCGAUGAUCUCCGUGGGGACCCAGCACUCGGCCAUCAAAGCGCCUCAGCCCACCAGGAGGCUCGUAAUUCAGUGGUAGAUGCAGGUGGCGUCGAAAGCCUCAGCCAGUGUCCCCAGCCGCUUCCUCAGAUGAUGGCUGCAGCAGCUGAUGGUUUGGGAAGCAUAACGAUAGACACGACCCAGCUCAACAUGUCAGUGACAGAUCCCACAGCCUGGGCCACCGCCAUGAAUAACUUGGGCAUGGUUCCCGUGGGGUUGCCUGGACAGCAGCUCAUGUCUGACUCGAUCUGUGUGCCAGGCUUUGAUCCGGGGCUCAACAUGAUGACUGGCAUCACCCCCAUUAACCCGAUGAUACCAGGCCUGGGGCUGGUGCCGCCCCCACCGCCCACAGAAGUGGCUGUUGUCAAAGAAAUAAUCCACUGCAAAAGUUGUACUCUUUUCCCUCAAAAUCCAAAUCUUCCACCUCCUUCCACACGCGAACGACCUCCUGGGUGUAAGACUGUGUUUGUCGGGGGAUUACCAGAAAAUGCUACUGAGGAAAUUAUUCAAGAAGUCUUCGAGCAGUGCGGUGAUAUUACAGCAAUUCGGAAAAGCAAGAAGAAUUUUUGUCACAUUCGCUUUGCAGAGGAAUUCAUGGUUGAUAAAGCCAUUUACCUUUCCGGAUACCGAAUGCGGCUAGGGUCUAGCACGGACAAAAAGGAUUCGGGCCGCCUGCACGUGGACUUCGCCCAGGCCAGGGACGACUUCUACGAGUGGGAAUGCAAGCAGCGGAUGCGCGCCCGCGAAGAGCGGCACCGGCGCAAGCUGGAGGAGGACCGGCUGCGGCCGCCGUCCCCGCCCGCGAUAAUGCACUACUCGGAACACGAGGCCGCACUGCUGGCCGACAAGCUGAAAGAUGAUAGCAAGUUUUCAGAAGCUAUCACAGUGCUACUUUCCUGGAUUGAACGAGGAGAAGUGAACAGACGUUCUGCAAACCAGUUCUAUUCUAUGGUGCAGUCAGCCAACAGCCAUGUCCGCCGGCUAAUGAAUGAAAAAGCUGCCCAUGAGCAAGAGAUGGAGGAAGCCAAGGAGAAUUUUAAAAACGCCUUAACCGGAAUCCUCACUCAAUUUGAGCAGAUUGUGGCCGUUUUCAACGCUUCUACCAGACAAAAAGCUUGGGACCAUUUCUCGAAAGCUCAGCGCAAGAACAUAGACAUUUGGCGAAAGCAUUCUGAGGAGCUCCGGAAUGCUCAGAGUGAGCAACUCAUGGGCAUCCGCCGCGAGGAAGAGAUGGAAAUGUCAGAUGAUGAGAACUGUGACAGCCCCACCAAAAAAAUGAGAGUCGAUGAAUCAGCCCUGGCUGCUCAAGCCUAUGCUCUUAAAGAGGAGAAUGACAGUCUCCGUUGGCAGCUGGAUGCCUACAGGAAUGAGGUGGAGCUGCUGAAACAGGAAAAGGAACAGCUUUUCCGAACAGAAGAAAGUGUCACCAAGGACCAGCAGCUCCAAUUCCUGCAGCAAACCAUGCAAGGCAUGCAGCAGCAAUUGCUGACCAUCCAGGAGGAGCUAAACAACAAGAAGUCUGAGCUGGAACAAGCCAAGGAAGAGCAGGCUCACACGCAAGCACUACUCAAAGUCCUCCAGGAACAAUUAAAAGGUACCAAGGAAUUGGUCGAGACCAAUGGCCACAGCCAUGAGGACACAAAUGAAAUCAAUGUGUUGACAGUUGCACUGGUCAACCAAGACCGAGAGAACAAUAUUGAGAAAAGAAGCCAAGGUUUAAAAUCAGAGAAAGAAGCUCUACUAAUCGGCAUCAUAUCAACAUUUCUUCAUGUCCAUCCGUUCGGAGCCAAUAUAGAGUAUCUUUGGUCAUACAUGCAGCAGCUGGAUUCCAAGAUAUCUGCAAACGAAAUCGAAAUGCUUUUGAUGAGGCUGCCACGCAUGUUUAAACAGGAAUUCACAGGUGUGGGAGCAACACUGGAAAAAAGGUGGAAGUUGUGUGCCUUUGAAGGAAUUAAAACUACCUAACCGAAGAGCAAAAACAUCUCUGGAAAUGUAACUGCCUGAAGCCAGCCAGGGCCGUGCAGUGAGUGCGGGGCGUGGGGUUGGUCUGGCGCAGACCUCCAUGGAGCCAUCAGAGCCUGACUUUAGUUACAUCUGUGGUGUUCUCUUGUGAGUGGAAAUGUAAUUGUGCACCAGUUCCCCAACACAAGCAAAGCUUCAUACUGUGACAGAUUUGUGUCCUCUGAAAACCAAACAAUGCUUCCACAGCCAUAAUGAUGGCAAAAUCUUCAAACAUGCUACAUUUGAGAAUAGCUCACCAAGCAAAAUAUUUAAAGUUAAUGAUGGUAUAGCAAUGGUUGUUGCUAGGCUACAGACUUGUACAUGUAAUGUAUAGCUGAAAUCAUCCGAUGACAUUUUCCUGAAAGUCUACCUUUCUGUUUUAGUAAAAAACAAAAAAACAAACAAACAAACAAAAAAAAAACAAAGUGAUUUUACAGUGAGAAAAAAAUCAUACCAAAAGAAAACUUGAAUAUGUGUCUGAACAUUUAUUGUAUUUUGUAAAUUAAGUUAUAUUCUGUUCCAGGGACUUUUGCCUUAUUGCAGAGGCAGAAGAUGUGAUUGGACUCCUUGAGAAUGCUUUAUCAAGAACAUUAUUUUUCUAACGUAACACUUCUCCAUCACAAGUUCUUUUAACAUGGACUGCAUAACAAUUUUCACAAAAUUAAAUGAGGAAAAGCUAGUGUUACCGUAUUGUAUUUGGUAUGUAAUAUUCAGGUUUAUGCCUCAAAGUAAGCAUUCAGUAAAUAUUCCUGUUACAAAUUUUAUAGCAAAGAUGUUAAUUUUUUUCAAUAAAUAUGACUUCUACCAUA